AUGGAAGAGGCGAAGUCUAGCAAGAGCGUGACGCGUGGAGCUGGUGCCCCCUCCUCGUCCCAAGUGGAUGAAGAGAGGAAAGGCGAGGCGGAGGUGGCCGCUAUCUCGGCCGGAAAGGAAUCUCGAGCAGAGAGCGAUGAGGAAGACAUCACCCUGGGGCCGGGCUGGAUGAAUCGGUCGGGCAGCAGGACUCUGACGCUGAGCGGCACCAGAGACUUUGCUAAGGGAUCGUCCUCGGGUGUGGUGCCAAUUGCUGGCGGCUCGAAGCUUCUAGCCUACUGCUACACCAAGGAGGAUGUGCUCGCCCUCCACUCCGCCGUCGCUGACGAAUGCCCACCCGAUUUUCUUGCCCUGCCCUACAUCCUCUCUGAGGAACCCCUCCUACCUGUCAAUCUGUCGCAGGACUUGCUGAAAGAUUUCGAGGAGUUGCAGCGCAAGUAUCUCUACAACAUCUGCCCAAGCCGUGCGAGCUCCUCGGCCACCCGAGGCGGUACAAGAGGCCGAGGCAGGGGAUCACUCAGCGGAAGCAGCAGCGGCUCUGGAGUUUACCGCCCGCCGAGGGGCAGGGGCAGGCUGGGCUAUUCGUGGGAAGGCGAGGGCGAGAGAAGCGAGAGGAGCGAGAGGCGGCCGGCAUGGGCCGACACGCCCGUCGACAAGGACGCGCCCAAGGGUCGCUUCAGCGGAGGCCGCUUCAGGGGCGACUCUGACUCCGAGGGCUCGGAGCUCGAGGAGCUCGAGGACGAGAAGGCCUAUUCCGACUCUGACGAGGCCGCGAGCGAGGACGAGGCCCCUGGUGUCGGUUGGCUGUACAGGGACCCUCAAAACAUCGUCCGUGGUCCCUUCUCCAACAAGGAGAUGCAUGAGUGGUAUCUGGGCGGCUUCUUCCCGCCGAGCCUGCCGGUGAAGAAGGAAGGCGACGAAGACUUCAAGGCUCUCUCCACCUACGAGGGCAAUCCUUUCGCGCGCCAGCGCAAGAAGAAGGAGAAGGCCGUCCGUCGCGAGAAGCUUCGAGAGAUGCACGCCGCUGACUUGGAGGGCCGAGGCGAGCGCGGAGCCCGGGGUGACUGGGGUGAUCGCGCCGAACACGGUGGUGACCGCGGUGACUGGAGGAAGCGAAGCGACCAGAAGGCUGGUGCUGCUGCCGAGAAGGCCCCUAGGGAAACGCCCUCGAAGAGGACCGAGGAGAAGCCCAAGGAUGAGGGCAAUUGGAGGACGGACAACACCAAGGACGUCAAGGUGGCUGAUAAGAAGCCCGCCGCUGCCGCCCCGAAGGAAGCUGCCGCCAAGAAGCCCGAGGAGAAGACUGCCGUGACCAAGAAGGCCGAAGAGAUCAUCAAGGCCGCUAAGGAAGCCGAGCGAGCCAAGAAGGAGAAGGAGGAGAAGGAAAGGCAGGAGAGCAAGAAGAAGGAGGCUGCCGCCGCCAAGCAACCUCAGGCCGCCGCCGCCGCCGCUGCCGCUGCCCACAAGCCCAAGCAGCAGGGCGCGACGGUCAAGAGGGACUCAGCCGACAUGUCCGACCCGGAGUCGCUGGACGACAUUCUCGACCACUUCCCGCGACUCGCCUCCGAGCUGAUCGCCUCCUCCGAUGACGAGGGCGACGAGCGGCCCUCCCCGUAUCCCGCUGGCGCUCGGCCCGUGCCUCAUGGCGGCUGGCCCGCAACAGCCAAGGCGCCGUGGAGCGCGCAGGAGCUGGAGAUGAGGCAGUUCCAGCAAUUCGGUGGCCCCGGUGGACCCAUGCCCGCGGGCGACAGGGCGCCGAUGCACGGAAAGCCACCGGCUCACCACAUGCACCCUCACCCUCAGUUCCCCGGCGCGCCCGAAGGCAAGGGGCCGUUCAUGCACCCGCUCAUGGGUCCCGGCCAGCCGCCUCAGCAGUUCUUCCCCGGCCUGCAGCCCGGUUUCCCUCCCCUUGGGGCUCUUCCCGGCAUGCGUCCGGGCGUGCCUGCGGGUCCUCCCGGGCCGCACCACAUCCCGAGCUUGGAGAGGAGGCAGGGCGUCUUCGACAUGGCCGCGAUCGAAGAGCAGCUGAUGAAGCAAAGCCACAUGCCCGGCCAUGCGCCCACCCUGAGGGAGAUCCAAGAGCAGGAGAUGCGCGAGCGACAGCAGCGGCAGCACCCCAUGCCUCCGCAGAUGCUCCACCACCACAUGAUGAGCGAGCAGCACAAGCAGCAGAUCAUGCGCCAGCAGCUUGCGAUGGGCAUGCGCCCGCAGGUGGAUCCCGUGUUCCAGUCGGUCUGGGGCAUUUCGCCCGACGGCACGCCGCUGUCGCUGCAGGAGAUCCAGGCGCGCAUGCAGAACGAGAACGAAGAGGAGCGGAGGAACGGGGGAGCUGGCGUCAACGACUCGGUCGAGCAAGAGCUGCACGACGAUGAGCAACAACACCGCAGUCAGCAUCACGAAGAGCGCCAGGGCGGCGGCGAGUCCGAAACCGACAGCGGCUCGGCGUCAUCAGAGCCGACCAGGCAGGCCAACGACGAGGAGGACAUCUGGGACGUGCCGGCCACGGAGCAGGCCAAGCAGCAGCAGCAGCAGCAGCAGCAGCAGCAGCAGCAGGCCACCGCCAAGGCCGAUCAACAGCAACCGAGCAAGAAGCAGGCCAAGCAGCAGCAAAAGAAGAAGGGCAACCAAGCCCAGCAGCAGCAGCAAUCACCCAAGCAGAAGGGCGGAGCCAAGGCCCAGCAGCAGCAGCAGACCACCGGAUGGACGAGCGGCGGAGCUAAGCCCCCCUCGCUGAAGGAGAUUCAGGAGCAGGAGCAGAGGGAGAUGCUGGAGAGGCGGAAGCAGCAGAAGCAGGCCAAGGCCGCGGCACCGGCCCAGCAGAGCGGUGACGGCAAGAACCUGCAGAACCUCCUGUCCGCCUGGGGCUUCUCGUCGGGCGAGAGCGACAUCGACAACAACAACGCCCAGCAGCCCUCGUGGGCCAGCAUGGACGAGACCCCGUCGCUCAGGGAAAUCCAGGAGCAGGAGGCCGCCCAGCGCGAGAUGGCGCAGAUGGAGGACCAGCAGCGGAAGCGCCAGCAGCAACAGCAGCAGGCCCAGAAGGCGAACGAAGUGGCGUGGACCGGCGGCCGGGGCACCAAGAAGCCCACCCUCGCCGAGAUCCAGGCCGAGGAGCUCAAGCAGCAGCAGAAGCGCCAGAAGGAGAUGCAGCACCAGCACAAGCAGCAGCUCAAGGCGCAGCGUGAGCAGCUCGCCCGUUUCAGCUCGCCCUGGGCCGGAGCGGCGCAGGUCCCCACCGAGAGCAGCCCUCUCUCGCUGAGGGAGAUUCAGGAGCUCGAGCAGAGGCGGGCGCAGGAGGAGGCCAACAAGAGGAAGAAGAACGCGCCGGCCGGCGGCGCCGAGCCCAUCACCAAGCUGCUGUGGGAGACCCGCGUUGGCGGCAACGAGCCCGUCCCUCUGUCGGAGAUCAUGGCCCAAGAGGAGGCGGCGACGCAGUCGGAUGAACCCAAGCCGAAGAAGGAGGUGGCUCAGCCGCAGGCCGCGCAGUCGGAUGACGUUUGGUCGUCGGGCUCGGGCCAGCACACCGUGAGCGCCUCGCAGUCCAAGGCCAGCCUGCGCGACAUCCAGCAGGAGGAGCAGAAGUCCAGCAAGCAGCAGCAGCAGCCCCAACAGCAGCAGAAGAAGGGCGGCAAGGGACAACAGGCCUCCGCCUCCGGGCAGCAGGAGCAGAAGUCUUCCAAGAAGCAGCAGCAGCAGCAAAGCCAGUCGCCUCAGAAGGGCAACCAUAAGAAGCAGCAGCAGCAGCAGCAACAGCAGCAGCAAUUCAAGGGAGUGUGGGGCGCAGUGCCCUCAGCGCCUAAGACGUCGCUGCUCGACAUUCAGGUGAACCAGCAGCGCGCGGUGUCGCCCCCGCCUGCCGCGUCGGGGCCGGCCGUGUCCACCGCACCCGCUCCCGCGCCCAAGUCCGCCCCCGCGCCGGUCGUGGAGGACGAUUUCUGGGGCGCGCCCGAGACCCCCGCGCCCAAGUCCGGCGGCAAGGGCGACAACGGCUCCGCCCCGGCCAUCAUCGACGACUCGCACUUCCCCGCGCUCGGCGGUGGCAAGUCCAGCGGCGCCAACAACGCCACCAAGAAGGCCGGCCAGCAGCAGGCGGCCAAGAAGUCCGCCAACUGGGCCAUGAAGACGACCGGCGCCACUGCGGCCACCGCCUCACCGGCUGCGAGCGGCGGACGUCGGCUGGCUUCGUCGGGCUCGAGCCUGCCCCAGCAGGCGGCGCCCAAGGCCCAGGCCCCGAAGCCCAUCACGCCCAAGACCCAGCAGCAGCAGGCCAAGGCGAGCGCGGCGGCCGCGCCCAACCCCGCCGCGGCCGGGAAGAAGAAGAUGCAGAAGCUCGACCCGUCGCUGCUCGGCUUCAGCUCCAACCUGCAUGACCGGAUCGCGCAGGGCCAGGUCCUCCCCAUCGACGAGUAA